CAAAAUGGCAGAAGCAAAGGUUCUUCGCAUGAACGAAGCAGAUCAUGAAAUUAGUUAUGCCAAUAAUUCUGUUAUUCAAAACGCAGUGAUAUUAAAGGUAAUGCCAAUCAUUGAAGAAUCCGUCUCAGAUAUGUUCAGCAAAACUAUUCCAACUUGCAUGAAGGUGGCAGACUUGGGUUGCUCUUCAGGUCCUAACACCUUCAUGACUAUAUCUAAAGUUAUCGACACCAUCCAUGGGAUAUGUAAGACACACCGAUUGAAAUUACCCGAAUUUGAAGUGAUUCUAAAUGAUCUUCCAGAGAAUGACUUCAACUCUGUGUUUAAGUCAUUUCCUGGUUUCAUUGAGAGGCUGAAGAAAGAGAAAGGAGAUAUGGUGAAGGAAAGGUGUUAUAUAGGGGUUGUUGCAGGUUCUUUCUAUCACAGGCUAUUCCCAACCAGAAGCCUCCACUUCGUGCAUUCUUCUUAUGCCUUGCAUUGGCUGUCAAUGGUCCCAGUUGGAGUGGAGAACAACAAGGGCAACAUAUGCAUGGCAAAAUCAAGUCCUCCCAAUGUUGUCAAGGCUUAUGCACAGCAAUUUCGGAAAGACUUGACAAAUUUUUUAAGCAUGCGCUCUAAAGAAAUAAUACCCCAAGGUCGUAUGGUGCUAACCUUUACAGCUAGGAAAAACCCAAAUCCCUCCAACGAAGAUUAUGGUUUGGAGCUUGUUGCUAUAUCCCUUCUUGACUUGGUUGCACAGGGAGUUGUGAAAGAGGCUGAUGUGGAUUCAUUCAACCUUCCUUUAUAUGCACCCUGCAGAGAAGAAGUGGCUGAUAUUGUUGAGAGAGAAGGAUCGUUUGAAAUUGAGGAGCUACGAGUUUUCGAAGUGGACGUCAAUUGCUUAAAUAGAGACGAGCAGCUCCGUAACAAAGACUUGGGUUUCAACAUUAAUAUGCAAAUGGGGAAAAAGUAUGCAAAUACUAUGAGAGCUGUUUUGGAGCCAAUGAUCUGCAGUCAUUUUGGAGAUGCUAUAAUUGACGAGUUAUUCAUAAGGUUUGCAGAAAAUGCAGCGAAUCCUCCAAAAAAUUCAAUGCAUCAAAGUAAGGUUAACAUUGUGGUUUCAAUGGAAAAGAAGUAGUU